CCUUGUUCUUCCCAGCUCCUCUCUACACCAGAUCUUGCUCGAUUUCUUGCAUGCACGAACCCAAUUCAACUCAACUCGAUCUCAAUUUCAAUUCCAAUCCCAAUUCGUCCAAAAUAAUCGUAAAUAACGCUAUUUAGUGUUUGAGUUGAUCGUAUUUGUUAUAAAGUAAGAGCAGAUCAGAAUCAGAAAAUAUGGAAUCGAGCAGGAGAGCGGUGGAAUCGUACUGGAGGUCAAGGAUGAUUGAUGGGGCGACUUCUGACGAAGACAAAGUGACCCCUGUUUACAAGUUCGAAGAAAUUUGCGAACUUCUACGUUCUUCUCACGUCUCCAUCGUUAAAGAAGUUUCAGAAUUCAUCUUCAGACGCCUCCAACACAAAUCCCCCAUUGUAAAGCAAAAGGCUUUAAGAGUCAUUAAGUAUGCUGUGGGCAAGUCCGGUGUGGAAUUUAGGAGGGAAAUGCAAAGGAACUCGGUGGCUGUGCGUCAGCUAAUUCACUAUAAGGGACAACCGGAUCCGUUGAAGGGUGAUGCGCUUAAUAAGUCUGUUAGGGAAACUGCCCAAGAAGCUUUAUCAGCUAUAUUUGCUGGAGAGGAGAGCAGUAAACCGCCACCAAAAGAAGGUCUUACCCAGCGGAUACAAGGUUUUGGUAAUACCAACUUUGACAUGCCCUCUGAUUAUAAGAAGUCAUUUCUUAGUGAGGUGGUUGGCAUUGGAAGUGCAACAAUCAAGCAGGGAUUGAAUAGCUUAACACAAGCUCAAACCCAAAAUAAAAAUGAUACAGGAACUUACAGGAGCCCGAAUCUGCGAAGAUCAUUGACUAACGAAAUUAGUUACUCUGAUAGCAAAGAACUUCACAGCCAACCUGUGCUUUCUUCUCGGUUAUCAGUAAAUGCAUCCGGAUCUUGGGGUCAAGAUCUCAAAACCAGUCAGGCAGACUCUGAGAAUGGGAGUGCAAGUUCAAGUUUUUCACAUGAUAAGAGCCGUGAAGAGAGGUUAAUAGAGACCAUUGUAACAUCUGGUGGUGUUCGUCUUCAGCCCACUCGAGAUGCCAUUCAGACAUGCUUGAUGGAAGCUUCAAAAUUGAAUGCACUAGCUUUAAGUCACGCGCUAGAAACCAAGCUCCAAUCGCACAUGUGGCAGGUCCGUGUGAAAGCCAUGUGUGUGCUUGAGGCAAUCUUGAGGAAGAAAGAUGAUGAACACCUUUUCAUCGUCAAUUCUUACUUUACUGAAAAUAUAGAUGUUGUGGUAAAAUGCUCCGAGUCUCCCCAAGCCUCUUUGAGGGAAAAGGCAAAUAAGGUCUUAAGCCUUCUUAAUGGAGAACAAAGUGGUAGCAGGAUGAGUCAGCCAGACAAAAAUUUGAAGACUCAGAAAGUCUGUCAGAUGCCAGAUUUAAUAGACACCAAUGAUUCAUAUGGAAAUGAAAAUUCUGUCGCAAUGCAGAGGGAUGAAAGCAUUGCAUCCCUCUCAACAUCAACUACCUCUCUGAUCAAUGAUUUCUUUACGGAUGGUGCAAGCACUGAUGUGCAUAAUGAAGACCUUACAAAUACUGAUGAUCCUUUUGCUGAUGUUGCUUUUCAUGGCCAGAACAAUAAAGAUGAACAUGAAGCAACUGAUAUUUUUUCAGGAAUGGCCACUGUUGAUAAACCAGGAAUUGUAACACCGACCUCAGCUGGUGGAAGUGGACCCGAGCUAUUUGAUAUUUUCGGUUCCAACUCUGAAUUUCCUCAAAGCCAAGGAAAUUCCAAAAAUGAUGUUGACGACUUGAUGGCUGGCUUGUCUAUAAAUGGGAAUGAAUCCUUGCCAAAGCAGAAUGGAAACUCCCAAAUGGAACAACCUGAAAUAAUAUUUUCAAAUUCAACAACGAAUUCAAUUCAUCAGCCAAAUGAUGCAUUGAAUAACAUAUUCAAAUCUCAAGCACCAGGGAUAGCAGCAAAUCCCAUGUUCCCUAUGGAUCCUAUGACCUAUAAUGCUUUAUCUUCAGGAUUGAUGCUUAAUCCUACACCAUUUGCUUCUCAAACAGUAAACUAUGGUGCCAUGAGCAGUCUUUUAGCUCAGCAGCAAUUUUUAUCAGCUAUGUCUAACCUGCAACAGAUGGGGAACUUGCAAUCCCAGAAUAUAGGUGCAAGCAAUGCUUCUGGAACUCAAGUUGCGGAACAUACUUCAGCUCUUCCAGAUAUAUUUAAUCCAAGCAUUGCGACUCAAACGCCAAUGAUGAAUAACUCGAAGAAAGAGGAUACUAGAGCAUUUGAUUUCAUAUCAGAUCAUAUUGCUGCAGCUAGGAGGGUAAACUAAAGAUGUGUGAAUGGAUUAAAAAAAAUUGUUGGUUGUUAUGUUAGUAGAUAUUAUUUAUUUACAAGAAUAAUAAAUAAUAAGAAUAAUAAUAAUAAUUUACAUGCAUGUGUGUGUGUGUGUGUGUGU